CAGUAUCGUCAUUGUGUCUCUAUAAAGGGCCUCGCCCCCACCCUCUGAAAAUCGGCGGAAUCUGUGGCGUGAGAGGGGUUCGGUGGAGAGGCGGAUCUGCUCAGAGGGCCCCUUUUUUCCCGCCAUCUUCUCACAAGAACCCUAAUCUCAUCUCAGGUAUUACUCAUGGCAUCAAAGCGCAUCUUGAAGGAGCUUAAGGACCUACAAAAGGAUCCUCCUACCUCGUGCAGUGCAGGUCCUGUGGCUGAAGACAUGUUUCACUGGCAAGCAACAAUUAUGGGACCUCCUGAUAGUCCAUAUGCAGGAGGCGUAUUUCUUGUCACCAUUCAUUUUCCGCCGGACUAUCCUUUUAAGCCCCCUAAGGUUGCAUUUAGGACUAAGGUCUUCCAUCCAAACAUCAACAGCAACGGAAGCAUUUGUCUAGAUAUCCUGAAGGAACAAUGGAGCCCAGCUCUGACCAUCUCAAAGGUCCUACUUUCUAUAUGCUCACUCCUGACGGAUCCAAACCCUGAUGACCCACUGGUGCCUGAGAUUGCUCACAUGUACAAGACCGACAGGUCCAAGUAUGAGACGACUGCUCGGAGCUGGACCCAGAAAUAUGCCAUGGGGUAGAACCCAGGGGCAGUUACUGUCUCAAAGAGGGGAAGUAGGAAUUGGGUGUUCUGUGCAGAAAGGGGGAGCAAGCUGGUUCCGUUGGUAAGAUGUUUGGUUCGUUCAUGUUCCUGUGAAAUUUAAUUCCCAUAGACCUUUGGAAGAAAAAAGAGUACUGAUGCAAAACUGUAAACUGUACUUGUAGGGAGAAUAUGUUGGUUUUCAUGCUGUGUUUGCUAAUUCGUGUUUUUGAUUUAGUGUUUGCUUGGAAGGGGCUUUUGUCCAAACCGUUA